UCACGAUUGGCAGUUGUGCUUGAAAGCAGCAAGAGAUUGGUGAUAUAUAUUAGGCUAAAAGCUUUGCCAAGAAUUGACUGUUCUGAUAUAGAACCGACAAUUUGUAACGUAACAGAUUGUAUUUUGUAAAACAAAAUAAAACUGUAAAAGUUCAAAAAUUAAAGCGAAUAUAUAUACAGGAGAAAUUUUCGCCAGAGCCAAGUUCAUAAUUUCAUACUUGACGUCAACAUUGCAACAUUGUGCCGAGGAGGGCGGACGUUAAAGAGAAUUAAAGAUUAACAAGAAACGAGACAACUACAAAAUGAAGUGGGCCAUUUUAUUGCUCGUCGUACUGGUCGCUAUUUCGUCAGUCUCUUCUCGAAGAAAGCGUGAGUUGUUUUCUGUUUUAUUGUUUUAUUUUUAAUAUUUUGUUCUUUAAUUUUCAACAGGGGUGUUUUUUUAAACUUUUUUUUCUAACUUGAUAAUGAUAUAUCUUGUACAAAUAAUAAUUGUUCACAAAAUAAAAGACAUAUCUGAUUUGUCAUAUGCAUGGAAACAGUUUUCGCGAAAUGGUCGAACGCGGAAUUAGGUGCGACCGUGUCAACUUGAAUCGGCUUGAAACAAAGCCAAGGAUAUUCUAAAUUGACGGGCGCAUAAUAUCAUUAGUGUAAUAUUUGCAAACUAAAAUAUAUUCUCGUGUAUUUCAUUUUGAUAUAACGAACAGAAAAACAUGGCAACAGGGCACUAUUAAAGACUUAUCCAGUUAAAAACUGGAAUUUUGCAUAGUUUUGAGGUUAUUUCAUAAGGAACAUAGAGAAUUAAGAUUGGCACAUUAGGGUUCUAAUUUCCUUAUUAGAAUACCUGUUGCUUCUUUAAAUUGGACAACUCUAGAGCUGACAAAAAGUUUUCAUUGACAAUUGUUAUAAAUAUAUGUGACUUGGCGUUGUAAAAGAAUUCAGGAACUCUUGCCAAGGAAUUCUUUCAUUUGGUUAUGUGAUUUCUGUGUAUGCGUGAGGAUCCACUUUCAAGUUCCGUGCGGAUGAACGUAUUUCCUAAAUCCUGUGUACUUCAAACUUCCUGAAAUUCACUCUCCCUUAAUAUGCGCACAACAGAAAUGGCUUUCAUACAAAAUAAUAUUGUAUACGACUAGGUUUGGUUUGGGGUAACGUACGACCGUAAUCGAUAUCAUGCGUAAAUUAACUGCUUGACACUGUCUUUCCCUGUAUAGACCGCGAGCAGUUUGCCCAAAAAUCUAAAUCCGCGGACUGAAAUUAAGGAGGGUCAGGAGGAACCGCUUGCAAUCUAUUCCCUUUGUGCAAAAUUUACAUACCCUCAUGAUAAAAAUUCCUGUAAACUCAUGUUGAUCUUCUUCAAGUAAUCCCCCAACUCAACCAUGGUUCACAACAUUAAACUUCGGAAGAGAGUGAUGACGAGUUUUGUUUCUUUUAAAAAUUUGAAAUUUGAAGUUUAUAUGAUAAUAAUAUAUUAUGAAUUCAAAACGGAAUUUGACCUUGCAAUAUUGGGUGAGGGGGUUAGGUUAAGGGAUAAUUAAGUUCUGGAUCGAUUAGGAUGACACCACAUCUGUUUAUUAAAUAGAGAAUAAUACAUGCAUGGGUGCGCGGAAAUAGAGAUUUAUUUCGAGUGUUGAACAUGAUAUCUCAAUCUCAAGAGUUCAACACGAGAAAUAAAUCUAGAUCUGGUAUUUCCAAGCAUCUAUGUAUUUUUCUGUUUAUUAUAUAAAGGACAGUCUUUGAAAAGCGAUAAUUUUUACAGAAAAGCGAUAAUUUUCACAUGUGAAAUUAUCAUAAAUAAUCUCACAUGUGAGAUUAUCAGUUUUAUCAGCGCUCGAAAUCUGUAUAAAGCACUAUAUUUUAUAUAAUAAAAAUGAAUGAUACACAUAGCCUAUAACUGGGAAUUUGUGGCAAGGUGCCCUGAACUAAUUGAUUUCAAAUUUAAAUCCAUUCGCAUAUUGAGUUUCGUAUACUCUUUCAGAUACAAACACUUAAUCUACAAGCACUUGUUUUUUUUCUACUUAAUGUUUUUCUACUUAAUGUUUACUUAAUGUCUCUAUAGGCUGAAGGAUUCCCUUUCGAAAACGAAAUUUCCUGAUUCAGAGGAUGUUUAACAUAACUUGCAUUCUUCCUUGUGUUUUGUCCAAUUUAACGAAUUCCUUGUUAAUGUUACUAUCUAAACCGCUAUGGUCUUGUAAAAUUUAUAUAUAUAUUUUUAUAUUUUUUUUCAGGGAAGACCAAAAGAGUAAAAAAUGCAUUAAAAUGUGAGUUUUUUUUAUAUUAAAGAUUUUUUAUAUUAAAGGCUACGUUUACAAUGUACCGCGGAUAGCAUUUCGUAGCGACGUGAAAAAACACCUAUCCGCGGUACCUUUUAUAUAUAGGAACGCUAUUUUAGUAUUUUCAGAGGAAUUAUUGCAAUGGAGAGAUGUUAAUUUUCUCAGCUUCUGAAUGUUGUACAUUCCAUAUUGGACAUAGGUGCUUUUUCGCGCCGCUACGGAAAGCUAUCUGGGGCUGUGGUUAAUUUUAAUAGUCCGUACAUUUGGACAGCGUUGAUGAUAAAAUAACUUUGUCUUCGGUACAGUGGAUUAAAUUGCUACAAUCAUCCUUACAGUCGUGUAAGGUCAAGUGUAAGAUAUAAUAACAAAGACCUUGAAAUGAAAAGACAUAAGUGUCGAAAACUGCACGUGCAUAAAAUGAUAUGAAUAUACAAAUUGUUUCCGGUGUUGGUUGAAAGUUGUUAUUAAAUUGCAUACGUAUUUCAAAUGGACGUGCUGGCUUAGGAUUGCUACGUGCAUAUUUAUCUAACAACUGUAAUGUUUUUGACGUGCGAUGUUGCGUCCUAAAAAUACUUUUUGCCGAGUCACCUUACGAUGGACACCAGAGGCGAAGGGGCGCCACAGUCCUCCCCCCCCCCCCCACAAUAAUUUCUGAACGCCUUUGCAUGGUGGUAAUUGCUUAUAAAAUUUCACUUUUACAUCUGAAAUUCCACAUCGACACGUACACCUUCUUUAAUAAUCAUUUGCCUGCUAACAAAUCGAACACUGACAUAUGCCACUGUUGACAUUGAUUUUCAGUCUCCAAAUAUUUGAGUGAGUCGUGCCUUCAACCCUUGAAUUGUUUUGUUCUUCAUUUGCCCAACCUUUUAGUUACUCAAAAUUUGUUCACCCAAACCUUUCGUCGGUGCUGCCUACAUAAAUAAUGACCUGUCCCUUAUCCAAAUAGUUGUCUAAAACGUGUUUUGUUUUGUUCUCAUUAGAUGUUGGAUGCAAACCCGAAGACGGUAUUUGUGACAAACGACCACAACGUUACUGCCAAUUUAGCCGCUUUCAGUACCAAUGUCCCAGGAAGUGUGGCAAAUGUGGUGAGUAUUUCAAUUCCAUGGAUUGUAAAAUAACUUAUUUUAUUAUCCAUGGUAUUUCACUGUAGAUAAAAGCUGGCUUGCACUAUCAAAUACAAUUGGGGUCAACCUGCAGUUAUCAGAGGGAGAAAAUAAUGUUCAGUCUUUUCAUUAUAUAAUUAUGUUGUAUUUGAGACAAAUAAAUAGAAUGUAAUAAUAUAUUUACAGCCACCAAUAUACUUAUCAGAUCUUCUGUAAUUUAUCCUAACUUGACCUCUGUUUACCCUCUGUAGCACCAUUUGAACCUAAGUGUCCCAAGGAACACGUUUUCGGUUGCUGUUGGGAUGGAACUGCAGCAACUAACAUAGAAAAAAGUAACUGCCCAGGUAACGCUUCUGUCAUGUGGCAAAGUAGCAAUGCUUUCAACUCUGCAAAAUUCGAUUCCUGAUACAGGCACUUACCUAAUGCCGGUUGUAUAAAAGGCUGCCCGUUUUGUAUAGUUAAAUGGUAUACACACGCAAAAAUCUGACAUCUUGUAGCAAGUCUGCUAACAAGCCGUCAACAAGUUGUGUUCGCACUGCUUGGCCUGCUUGUCAACAAGUGUGGAACAACUUGUUAACAGUUGUCACAACCUUGUUGAUAUUGUCAGACAUGUUGCAAGUUUGUUCCAAUAAGUUCGAUACAGUCAUGAUAUACUAAUAUUGUUACAACCUUGUGUGUCGUCAACCUUGUAACAUUCUUCUUGUAUCAAGACUGUAUAAGACUUGUUAGAACAACCUUGUAACAAGUCUGAUAAUGCCGUCAAAGAGCUUGUUCCAAACUUGUUACAAUAACUGCAUGAAUGGAACAAGCAGUGCGAACACAACUUGUUGACAGGCAACUUGUUCGCAGAUCUGGAGGUAUAAAGUACAACAUUUAAUAGAAUAUGCAUACAUGAAUAUAUAGUACACAAGUUUUCUUUUAAUUAAAGAAUAGCACUAUAGUUUUAUGAAUUGAUAACGUGAAUAACGGCCCGUUAGAUCAAUUAAAACUGUUUACGACCUUCAUAUAGCUAUACCUUUCUCAUGGCCGAAUGACUGAAUGAAGUUCAUGCUCCAUAUAUAUAGAGAGAGAGAGCUCACUGGUUUAGUUAAGGUUUUCCUUCUGUGGUAACACUGCACCUCUUGGGAGACGAUUUUGACUACUGUGAAAGCAGUUGUUUUAGUAUAAUAAGAGAGAUCAAACCAGCUCAAGUGUGAAUGUGCCAAUGUGGUGUUUAAAUACACCUACAAGACUCAAUGUAAAGUUUCAUUAUAUAUUUAUAAUUUUAUUUUUCAGUUUGCUCCGAUGUGAAUGAAGCGAUCUGUAAACGUGCAGAUAUCAGAAAAGAUUGUAAUUUUUCCAAGAAAACACGUAUCACGAGAUUUUUGUGUCCAGUUACCUGUGGGGCCUGCGGGGAUUUUGGUAAGUGGAAUAACUAUGUCUUGCAUAAUAUCACAAGAAACCUGCACUUGGAGACUUUAUAUCACCGCCGUCGAAUUAUUAAGUUAUAUAUCAUUCAUAGAAUGUCUAAUUGUCCAGUUUACUCUGCCAGGUCAUAGCCUAUCGAAGGGAAGAUGGCUGUGAAACUCAUUAGAAUAACAAUAUAACUCAUUAUCUAUGUUAGUCAACGUUUAUUUAUAAAUCUGGUCCGUCACGUGCGUAUUGUAUUUUUGCCCAACUAACCAAUAGCAAUGUUUUAGAAAAGUUACCUACCCCUGACUCGAACAAUAGGGUAAACUGGAAAUUGCUAUUGGUAGAUUUGGCAAAAAUACAAUGCACACAUGACGGUGAAGGCCCAGAUUUACGAAUAAACGUUGUAUGAAUAGACUAACAUAGAGUUAUACGGGGUGUAUAAAAAAAACUGAGCAGAUUUGAAAUUGCUCUCAAUUUCGCAAAACAGCUCGAGGUAUCAAGUUUUUGUUAUAUAUAGAUUCCUUGAGUAUACCCAUAAUAUAGAAUAAUGGAAAAAUACUCCAACUUAAAUUGUGUAAACCAGGGGGGUGUUUCUUUUCCAACAAACUAAAAAUGAUGUUUCGCUCGCUACUCUGGUUUAAAUAAAUGAUUACAAAGCCCAGUCGAAUUGUAAUCAAGACCCAACGUUUCGACACUCCAGUCUAGUGUCUUCAUCAGGGGUGAUCUAAAACUGCGAUCGUGGCUUCUUAAAUACCCAAGGGAUGACGUCACCUGCCAAGAAGAUGCAUAUAUUCCUCUGGCAAGUAGGCACUGUCAUCCCUAUUCAAAGCAUGAUGACUCAUAUUUAUAUGCCACGCUUCUAGGCAAAGUCUUUGACCAUAGCGAUUGUUUGUGGUAAUUACUUUAGAGUUUUCCCACGCAAUCUCGUGUUUGGUGUAACAUACAUGUUCGGCUAAAGCUGAUUUUCCCUUGUCUAAAGUUGAAACAGCCUUUUGAUGUUCUUUUAGCCGUGUACCAAACUGGCGUUUAGACCGACCCAAAUACUCUUUGUCGCAGUCACCGCAUGGUAUAGAAUAUAUAGCAUGAGUCUUCUGAUUUGUUUCAACAGGAUCUUUUGGCUUUGCGAAAAUAUGGCCUAAAGUCAAAUAGGGUUUUAAGGCAACCUUAAUAUUACAACCCUAUUUGACUUUAGGCCAUAUUUUCGCAAAGCCAAAAGAUCCUGUUGAAACAAAUCAGAAGACUCAUGCUAUAUAUUCCAUACCAUGCGGUGACUGCGACAAAGAGUAUUUGGGUCAGUCUAAACGCCAGUUUGGUACACGGCUAAAAGAACAUCAAAAGGCUGUGUCAACUUUAGACAAGGGAAAAUCAGCUUUAGCCGAACAUGUAUGUUACACCAAACACGAGAUUGCGUGGGAAAACUCUAAAGUAAUUACCACAAACAAUCGCUAUGGUCAAAGACUUUGCCUAGAAGCGUGGCAUAUAAAUAUGAGUCAUCAUGCUUUGCAUAGGGAUGACGCAGCCUAGACCUAGGCCUUCUAGUCACUUAUUUAUAUUUUUUCAUAUUCAGCGCUUUUUCACAUGAAAAGACUGGGACUAGGUGAUUUGGGGGCGGUGCGGAGGAACCAAGCCUAGAAGGCCUAGUUGAUUUCCCAACAACAUGGCCAAAACUGCCCUGAAACUGCCCUGGUUGCGAAAUGCCCAAUUAUUGCGUUCUCAAACAGAAUUACUUGCAACUUAACGGCGAAUUUAAACCGAUACAGGUAAAAUAAACUCAUUUAUAGUAUAAACUUACUAUUUUUAUUUGUAUACACGUCUAGAAAAUCGGGGUUUUUAUCAUAAAGUUCAAAGCAACACUAUUAUUUAAUAUGUUGACAUUUACUUCACAACGUGUAGCGAAAGCACAAAAUGAGUCAAAAUAUAUACCAAAAGUAGAAUCUUUCAUGAAAUUUUGUCUUAUACACAACUACAUUAAUAUAUAUUUUCUCAAUUUUGGCAAGAAGCAGUCUUGUGUUUGUAAAAUAUACAAACACAUAUACAAUUAUAAUUUAUUAAAUAAAACGGAUACAUAUAUUAUUAGCCCGUACAUGCAGUACUGUAUAUAAAAACGUACAUUGUUUACAAAUGGUAUAUCCGUAAUAUUUGAACAAUAAUUUCAAAUUCCUCAUUCCCAAUUCGCAAAUAUAGUUAUUCAAAGCAAAACAGUAGAUUGUCUUGCGAAUAAAAGAAUUAUUAUUUUGUGCUUUCGCUUCACCUUGUCAACAUAAUAAUAUAGUGUUGCUUCAAACUUUAUGAUAAAACCCCCGAUUUUCUAGACGUGUAUACAAAUAAAAAUAGUAAGUUAUACUAUAAAUGAGUUUAUUUUACCUGUAUCGGUUUAAAUUCGCUGUUAAGUCGCAAAUAAUUCUGUUUGAGAACGCAACAAUUGGGCAUUUCGCAAUCAGGGCAGUUUCAGGGCAGUUUUGGCCUUGUUGUUGGGAAAUCCACUGUGACUAGGCCUUCUAUUUUUUCGCUUGCGUCAGGCUUGUAUCCUUCCUCCGCCCCGCCCCCAAAUCACCUAGUCCCAGUCUUUUCAUGUGAAAAAGCGCUGAAUAUUAAAAAAAUAUCAAUAAAAAUAGAAGGCCUAGGUCUAGGCUGGGGAUGACGGUGCCUAUUUGCCAGUGGAAUACAUGCAUCUCAUUGGCAGGUGACGUCAUCCCUUGGGUAUUUAAGAAGCCACGAUCGCAAUUUUAGAUCACCCCUGAUGAAGACACUAGACUGGAGUGUCGAAACGUUGGGUCUUGAUUACAAUUCGACUGGUCUUUGUAAUCAUUUAUUUAAACAAGAGUAGCGAGCGAAACAUGAUUGAUAUACCUGGUUGCAGUGAACGAACAAACUUUAAAACUAAAAAUGGCUUGCGCAGUUGCGCACCCAAAUUUAAAAGCUGUAAUCGUAUUUUGAGUUAGUGGAUGGAAACUUUGUUGGAUACUAAUAGCUGUUUUGGGAAAUUGAGAGCAAUUUCAAAUCUGUUCAGUUUUUUUUAUACACCCUGUACUGUUAUUCAAAUCUGUUCAGUUUCAGUUUUUUAUACACCCUGUACUGUUAUUCAAAUCUGUUCAGUUUUUUUUUAUACAUCCUGUAUUGUUAUUCUAUUCUAAUUAUUCCAUCUUCCCGGCUUCGAUAAGCUAUGGGCCAAUUUUCAUCCAUGUGUUGAUAUUUUUUCCAGGCAAUAACAGAGCACCUGCGCCUGCUCACACCUGUGAAGAUAAGGACCAGCGGUGUUACAAAAUGAAGGAUACUUCAUGUUGCAAAGACAACGAAAUCUUGCGAGACGUAUGCCCGAAAACGUGUGGAGUGUGUCAGAGUUAUCUUAAGUAAUAAAAUAUUUAUAGAACA